CGAGACUUCUCUUUAAGCCUUCCAAACUUCUUUCUGUGGGUCACAUCAACCGUGCCAAGUUCGAUUCAAUUCUCUUGGUACUCCGUACACUUUUUCUUUUUCUUCCGUCACCCAAAACUACUUGCUCUACCUCGUACUCCGCCGUACAUACCAACCCAGUUGACCCAGUCUCCAUUUCAAGGUCUCCUUACUAUUUUUAAUAAGGAAAUGUAGGCACACGACCCACCGCCACUUGCCGUCAUUUAUUACCUACUUCUUACUCCAGGAUCGGAUCCUCAUUAGUAUUUGCUAUAUACCUCACUUCCUUUCCCACAUCGUGAGUCUUCCUCCCAUUGAUUGUUGGAAUUUAACUACAUUACUUCAUCAUUGGUCAUAUGCCACCCACCUUUCCUCAUUCCAUCAGAAGAACCUCAAAGCCCAUCAACGAAUCUUCCUAAAAGUAUAUAUAUAAAAUAUAUACAUAUUCUAUAUUCUCCCGUGUAUAUCAGUUUACUGUUGCUAUACAUCCAUACAUGACAUCACAAUUUACAUUGACAUUGAAUUCCUUCCCUUUUGUCCGGCAGCUAAAUUGACCUUGAUUUUCCCGACCUUUCUUAUACCACUCACAAAGAAACCCACCCCGCCGCGCUAUUCACCAAAGAACCUCUAGCAAAAACUAGCAAUCAUGUUGUCCUACGAAAAUCGUUCGAAUAUGGCUCAACCAACUCCAGCCAUGACUGACCAUUUACCCAUAUCCGCUUCGUCGUCUACCUCGAAUCCAUUGACCGGCUCAUCAAGACAACCCAAGACAGGCCAUUCUCACAUUUGGUUGAUUACCGGUCCUGCUGGGUGUGGCAAAAGUACAGUGGCUCAAUAUGUUGCCAAUGCUAUGAACUUGCCAUAUAUUGAAGGAGACGAGGUAUUUAUACAUCAAUUCCGCAAUCUACUAUACAUGUAACGCAUUUCUAACCAAAUUUCGAAACAGUACCACCCACAAUCAAACAUUGAUAAAAUGGCUCAAGGCACACCACUCAACGAUGCCGAUCGCUGGGACUGGCUCACCAAACUCCGCGACGAAUCCGUCAAUCGUUUGAACACAGGUUCUCAAGGCGUUGUCCUUACCUGCUCGGCUCUAAAACGCAAAUACCGCGAUGUCAUCCGUGUAGCUUCCUACUACGACCACAAUGUUCUCGUUCAUUUCGUAUACUUGCAUGCUAGUGAAGAAACAUUAUUAGAGAGGGUUGGUGCUCGAAAGGGACAUUUUAUGGGAGCGAAUAUGGUCCAUAGUCAAUUUGGUAUUCUCGAACCACCCACGAAAGAUGAAACAGAUGUAAUUCAGGUGGACGUCAGUGGAUCGAUAGAAGAAGUCGAGCAAGAUGCGUUGGCGAAGAUUGAAUCAACCAUACAAAACUAAUUGGCAAGGGAUUCAUGAUUUCUAAACAUUUCCGAUAGUGGAAUAUGGAUAAUGCUCCCAGUGGAGAGAUAAAGGGUUCAUUUUCUUUUCAACUACGGCGCUCGGUUUACCAAUUGGCGGAUGAGAUGUCUUUCAUCGUUCAUCUUUAAUUAACGGCCGGGGAUGUCUCCUCGGCUACAUAAUUCGGAGUUGCUAGGAUAUUUAUCAGUUGAUGUGUUUACAUCUGCAUUUGCAUACGGACGGAUAUUGGAAGAGGCUGGCAAAAAGGAUUCGGCGCUGUUUUUUUCCAUUAGCCGUAGCUACAUAUGGGUUUUACUUACACUGUUCAUACGCAUGAUUCUUCUAAAGGGGUAGGGUUCACGUCAUGACCAAGUCGCGAGAUGAGAAGAUGAAGGAAAGAAGAUGAAGAAAAUACAUGACUGGGCAAUUACGCAAUUAGAUUAAUAAAGAAUAUCACGCAUCUAAAAUCUUC